UGCAUCAUUUACUUUUCUAUGUCGCAUCAUUCACUUUUCCCUUUAGACGUUGCUGCUCUGACUAAGGAGCUGGAUGAGUUUGAGAUGCGUAAGAUGGAGGCGCGGGCAGUGACGGGCGUCUUGGCCUCCCACCCCAACGGCACUGAUGUUCACAUCAGCAGUCUGUCACUCACCUUUCAUGGCCAAGAGUUACUGAGUGACACAAGCCUGGAGCUCAACUCCGGCCGGCGCUACGGUCUCAUUGGCCUCAAUGGCACAGAUUUUUCUGGAUUCUGUGUUUUUGUCACAAACGAGACUCCCGCUGUGCCUCCCGCUCACCACCAGAGGGAGCUCUCUCCCGAGUUUUGAACUUCAAUCCAGACUACACACAUACACACACACACAGACACACACACACACACGCUCACAUACCUGGCUCUGAUUGCU